GUGCAUGCCUCCAGCCGGCCAGGCCAGCCGGGUGUUCUCCUCCGGCCCUGCCCAGCACCUUUGGCAAUCCUUCUUCUUGUAUCAGGGUCCAUGGCAUCCGCAGUGCCACCCAAUUUCUCCUGGGUAGCUCCAGGGCAGCUGGCGGGGCUGGCCAUGCCCCGCUUGCCCGCGCACUAUCAGUACAUGUAUGAGCACGGGAUCCGGCACCUGGUCUCCCUCACCGAGCGCAACCCGCCGUAUCAUGACACCUGCCCGGGCAUUCAGAGGCACCACCUGCGCAUCGCGGACUUCUGCCCACCCUCGCCUGAGCAGAUCCAGCGCUUCCUGCAAAUCGUGGACGAGGCCAACCUCAAGGGGGAGGCUGUGGCGGUGCACUGCUUGCUAGGUUUUGGCCGAACGGGGACCAUGUUGGCUUGUUACCUGGCAAAGACGCAGAAGAUCACCGGCGUGGACGCCAUCCACGAAAUCCGCAGGCUCCGGCCUGGCUCCAUCGAGACCUACGACCAGGAGAAAGCCGUCGUCCAAUUCCACCACCGUAUCAAAUAGCCAGCGGUGGAGACGAGAAGGGAACCGGCAGGCCUAGCCCACCACGCUGACUGCGGACACCAGGAAGAGGACGCUUUCGUGAUCCGUCCUGCCGUGGGAAUUCUUGGCUGCCAAACCAAGAGCAGCGUUUUAGCCCUGAAGGGCUGUGCUGGGUGUUUUAGCAGAAGAGUCGGCAGGCGGGAUACGGGAGAGAUGCAAACCUCAGCCAGGAUCCUGGGAGGGUGCCGAGCGCAUGAUGGGCAGAUGGUCGCAUUGCAAAAGCCACAGGGCCUCCCUCCUUUGCGGGGAGAAAAUGGUGGCUUUCCGGACACAGUUUUGCAAACUUUUGACAGGCUGCACAUGGGGAUGGGGGGGACUCCUCUUUUCUGUUGUUUGCUUACUGCCCUGGAAUAAAGAUCCUCUCUUCA